CCCUGCUCUGUGUGUGCCCUGGCCAGAAUACGGCUCCACCCUCGAGGACGACAUCGUGUCAGACACAUCUUCCAUGUUCCGGAGGGUCCUCGUGUCCCUCGCCACGGGAAACAGAGAUGAGGGAACAUUUGUGGAUGAGACCCUUGCUCAGCAAGAUGCUCAGUGCCUGUAUGAAGCUGGGGAGAAGAAAUGGGGAACAGAUGAGGUGCAGUUCAUGUCCAUCCUCUGCACACGGAACAGGUGCCACCUGCUGAGAGUUUUUGAUGUGUACAGAGGGAUUGCUAAUAAGGACAUCACAGAGAGCAUCAAAUCCGAGAUGUCAGGAGACCUCGAGGACGCUUUGCUAGCUGUGGUGAAGUGCAUGCGGAAUAAACCUGCGUAUUUUGCUGAAAGAUUGUACAAAUCCAUGAAGGGCUUGGGCACAGAUGACAGCACGCUGAUCCGGGUGAUGGUGUCCCGCUCGGAAAUAGAUAUGCUGUACAUCCGGAGGGAAUUCCUGUCCAUGUAUGGCAAAUCACUCCACUCCUUCAUUAAGGGAGAUUGCUCAGGAGACUACAGGAAAGUUCUGCUCAGACUCUGUGGUGGGGAGGAUUAAAGGAGGCCUGGGGAACUGUCUGGGUGAGGGGAAACAG